CUUCCCUGAGUUUUUCUAACAUCCUAAAGGUAUAAAAUAAGUAUAGCAACUGACAAAAUAGACAGAGGUCCGCGGACUCGUUUUUUCUAAGGUUACCGGAGCACCACCGCCGAGAUGGAGGAAGAAAAAGCUGCGGCCUUAUACGAUGAGUUAACUCGUAAAGGAGAAGGCGCCGCCCGAUUCAAACGAGGCCUUGGUUUUUCUUCCACUCCCAACGAAGCCGUACCACCAUCAUCCUCCUUCACUUCAUCAUCCUCUUUCCUCAGCCAAUUCGUCAAAGCCUCAAACCCGUCUACCACACCUGAGCUCGAUAAACAAUCUCAACUUAGUUCCAUUCAAAACAAACUCAAGAAAAACCCAACAAAUCCCCAAACCCACAAUUUAGAUUCGAAUAUUAGUCAACGUAGUCCUCGCGGACGGAGCCCUGAUGUCCAUAGGCGUACAAGCCGCCGCAGCCAUAGCCCGGAGAAGCGUAGUCACUCCCAGCGAGAGAGUAGGAGUCGUAGUCGGAGCCGGAGCAGGGAUAGAUACCGGCGUUCCAGGCGACGGAGCCGUAGUAAGGAGAGGCAUUCCAGGCGGAGUAGGAGUCGCGGCCGAGAUGAAUAUAAUCAAUGGAGGAGAAGGUCUAGGAGUAAGUCGCCCCGACAUAGAAGGAGGUCUAGGAGUGAGUCGCCCCGGCGUAGAAGAGGUGAUGAUGUUAAUAAGGGAAGACGAGAUAAAGUGGAGAAGCAGAAAAUUGGCAGAGUUGAUUAUGCAGAAUUAAUUGAAGGCUAUGACAAAAUGACACCUGCCGAAAAAGUCAAAGCAAAAAUGAAAUUGCAACUUACUGAAACAGCUGAAAAGGACGAAAAGAAGGGCAUGGGCUCAGGAUGGGAAAGAUUCGACUUUGAUAAAGAUGCUCCUUUGGAUGAUGAGGAAAUUGAAGCUGUUGAGGAUGAUGCAGCCUUAGUCAAGCGAAUUGGUCAAAGCUUCAGAUUUUCAUCGUUGGAGUCAAAAAGAGAGGAAGAGCUAAAAGCUGCUCAUGAUGAAGCCAUGUUUGGAGCUCCUUCAAAUUCUCCUCCAACUGGAACAGACAAUGAUGAAGAAGGGACUGUCAUUCAGAAACAGGCCCUAGAAAGUGCCAAUGUCACUAGUCUCCUAAGCGAGCAGGUAAAGAAUAGAGUGACAAUUUUUUUUGGGUAUUGGCUUUACAGAAUCAUGUUCAUGUGUUCGUGGCCCUGUUAGGUUCUCACAAUGCAAAAAGUUUCCUGGCGCGAUCGUGUAUCUAGGUUUGAUUCCGGUGUACGAAGAAAAUAAGGAAGAAGCAGCUAUAUGCUCAAUGACAAAAUUGCACCAAGAUUUAUUUACCUUGUCAAUCAGUAGGGCUGAAUAUCAUCAAUCAAAAAUUGUCUGUAUGUGGCGUUUCUAGCAAAGGAUUGAUAUUGCGUUUGGGAUUAAGCCCAUCUUUUUGCUGAGUGGCUUGUGUUUAAUGGAAAGCUGCUUCUUUCAUUUCAAUGUUGGCAAAACCACAUAAUGAGAAAUGUUACAUUUUCCUAACUCCAAUGGAAUAAUCAGUUGUUAUGUGGAGCUGCUUAAGGAGCUUCCUUGCUUAUUUUUAGCAACUGGAGCUGUUUUGGGUGAUAUCUUGUUGGUGCGGGCAUGGGUAAAAUAGCUUCUGUUUAGGUUUAGAAUUAGAAGUACACUAGUGUGGUUAUGGAAAAUUAUUCACCAUAUAGGAAUGUGGGUUUUUUAUUUAUUUAUUUUUCUUUUUUUUAUUUUUAAAAAAACAGUUCGUUGGAUACAAGGCUGCUUCUUGUUGGAUCCAAGUUCACCUGUAUUUUCUGUAAAGUUCAUAUUCUUGAGUUUCAGCGUACGAUGUUUGGACUACGUGCGUAAAUAUAUCUAGGUUAAGAAAUAACUGUAUUUUCUAAUCUAACAGAAGAUACCAGAGUGCAGUGGAUCAGCUUAGUCCAAACAUUUUUUGUUUGACUUGAAGCAAUUUAAGGCUUCGUGUUUAACAUUAUUUUAUAGUUUAUGCAAUGGCGUGCAUGUUCUUUGCGG